AUGGGAUGUCCGAUUGCUCUCGCAGGUCUUGCAGCUGAAGCUGGUGCGGCUGGUGCUACAGACAUCGCCUUUGACGCUCCAGGGGAAGGACAGGAUGGUCCUUCUAGAUGUUGCUGCUGCUCCGCUCCCAAGAGGAAUGAUGGGAUCAUGUCUUUUGCACUGGUGAAGUUGCCUGCAGCCAACAUAAGAUAUCGGAGAUGGCUAAAUCUCAAUUUAGCUGCGCAACCUUCUUUGCCCUGCUCAUCUGCUUCCUCCUCCUCGUACCAAAUAAGAUGCCAAUGGCUGAAGCUAAAUUUUGCAAGAGGCCUGCCGAGCACUAUUCAGGGACAUGUUACCCUAACCGGUGCUACAGUUAUUGCAAAUCUAAAGAACAUGCUUACUCCGGAGAAUGUAUUUGGACUGGCCAGGGUCAUCAACGUCAUUAUGCUUGCUAUUGUGUCUACAAUUGUUGAAAGCCUACUAUUUGCUACAAUUUGCACCGUACUUUGGAAUGAAAUAAAGGCCAACAAUUCACUAGAAUUGCGUAUGUGCCGCCAAUAGUUGUUGUUCCUAUGUCAUCAGUUGCCAAUAACGUACGGUCAUGUCUGUGUUAUCAUUGAAACAUCACUGUUCAGUGAUAAUUUAAUCAGUAUUCAUGUGUUUCUGUUACCAUCU